AUGGCCGCCUUUAUCAUCUUCUUUGCAUUCUCCAUCGGGUGUGGCUUCGCGCAAACACUCACCCAGCUGAUCGCGUUCAGGGUCCUGCAGGGCAUUGGGGGAUCGGGACUCUAUAGUCUGACCUUCGUGAUCAUGUCCGAGAUCUCGCCCGUCCGCAUGCAGCCGCUGACGGGCGCGUUGGCCGGCGCCGUCGUGGCCAUGGCUGGGGUCCUCGGGCCAGUGCUGGGGGGCCUCAUUACCGAUUUCACGACAUGGAGAUGGGUAUUUUGGAUCAACGCCCCAAUCGGCAUCGUCCCCCUCAUCAUGUUCGUGAUCGCCUACCCACCUCCGUCCAUGCUCUCCCCCGUCCGUCUACGUCCCUGGAAAGACCUCGAUUUCUUCGGCGCGGCUCUCGUCAUCGCCGCUUCGGUGCUGGUGGUCUUUGCCUUUCAGCAAGCAGGCCUCCAUCCCCACUCCUGGUCCUCCGCCCUCUUCCUUGCCCCGCUCCUCGUCGGUCUCUUCCUCUGGCUCGUCCUCCUCGGCUGGGAGGUUCUCGUCUCCCGGAAGUGGGAAGCCCGCAUCGCGACUAUGUUCCCCCUCCGCCUGCUGAAGCGACGGGUAUUCAUGGGCCACUUCUUCGCCACCCUGCUCGCCGGCUUCCCCUACUUCGUCGUCAUAUACUCCCUGCCCCUGCAUCUCCAGGUCGUCAACGGCAAGAGCCCGCUCGUGUCGGGCAUUGCGCUCCUGCCGAUGCUGGCGUCGAUUGCCAUCACGAGCUCGGUCGCGGGCUUGCUGAACAGUAAACGGGACUACAUCUGGCCGACGCUGCUCGGGGGGGCGCUGCUCAUGGUGAUCGGAUGCGCGUGCCUCGCGACGCUGGACCCGGUGCCCGACGUCCAGGCGAAAAUGUACGGGUUCCAGGUCUUUGUAGGCCUGGGCUUUGGACUCCUCGUGUCCACCGUCUCGCUUGGGGCCAGUCUCGAAUGCGAGCUGAGAGAUAGGAGUACGUGUUGA